AUGAGCAAAAAUAAAACCAAUGGCCGUGGGAGACCAUAAAAGCCAAAGGAGGAUGAGUAAGAGAUCUCUUUAGAUAACAAUUAUAUUGCUACAAACGAGUUGGCAUUGAAAUUGAUGGAAAUCUUCUCGUAGUUUGCUACUUAUAGAUUAUUAACAAUAACAGGACCAAAUAGUGAGAGAAAUAAUGAUGAAACUAAAUUGAGGAGGAAGAAUGUUGAGAAAGUACAAUCAAAGCUCAGAGAACAGCUUAAAAUUUAAGAGGAUUACACUUUCUUCUUAAGGGACUUGGAUAACUGUACUCUUCAAUAUGAUAUCACCAAUGAUUAGUUGGUUGAUGUCAAUAAAUAUUAACUAAAUAAGGAAGAGUUCAAAAAUUUGAAAAUCUAAGAUUCUGUACUAAAGAGCAUUGAGCUAGUGAGUAAUUAAUUAAAUCCUGAGCUCUAAUCUUUUUUGAAUGAGUUUGUCAAAUAGUAUAGUCAAAAAUAUGAUUAAGAAGAUGAGUUUAAAAAAGGAUUUUUGAAUUAUAUUUUAACUAACCAACAUAAAUAUUAGGAAGUUAUAAAUUGGAAUAAAUUAUAUGAUAUGGCAUAUAAUGAAAAAUUGGAAUUACUAAAAUUAUAGAUUGUAACAUUCAAAGGGAAGUAUAAAGUUAAUGAUUAGAAUCGAACCAAGAAGUAUAAAGUGGAUGAAAAGAGAGAAAGUUAAUUGAAAUAAGAUCAAUCUUAAAUCGAAAAAAUAGAAAAUUACAAGGGAAAUCAUAAAUCCUUAGAAUUAUUUAUAAAUGAUAUAGUAGACACUUUAAAACAAUAUUGGAUAUAAAAUGAUUAGGAAUAAGAAACUUGAGUAUUUCUUAUUAUUUUAUAACAUUAGAGUUUUAUUUAUGAU